UCUUCGUGCCUGGUGGUGAGAUCUGCUGUGAAAACCUAAGCCGCACACACACAGAAAGCACUGUUCCUCCACCGUAUUUUUUUUUAGUGGAGAUGUACAGAAAAGUGCAACCAUGAAAAUCAUCUUGUGCUGACGCAUUAUAUUUCCUCUCUCUCCGGCUUUACUUGGCUUCCUGAAAUGUUUUCUGGGCUUUGGACGCUGGAAGGCCGCAACUGGAAAAGGUUAACACCUGCAACAAAGCCUGUGCUCCUUAAGGUUACAAGCAGCUAUACAUUCAAGGUUCCUGAUGGGAGCACAAUUUGUCUGACAGAAGCUGACGUCCUAAUAUUGCUAAACAAGUUGAAUAAAGACUGGUGGCAGGUCAGGAAAGUUGGAGAUAGUGAAAACACAAAGCCAUUCCAAGUACCCACCUUAUUUAUCAAUGAGCUAAUAACUCGGAGAAGUGUUGGAUACAGAAAACAAGAUAAAGUAAGAAAAGGGAGCAAACUGUUUCACAGAUCCCAGGAUAACCUGUUGGUUUCCUGCUUUGCACCGUCUCUGAUGGAGGAACAUUACUAUGUUAAACAGAAAUGUGAAGGUUCUCCACAAAAUGAUGCCGAGAAGCCAAUUCUAACCAAUGUUUUAACAAGAACUCAUAAGAAGUCCGCCAGCUUCUCUCUCAGUUCUUCGUGGCAUGGACAGUUCCCAAAAAGUGAAAAGCAGAAAUCAACAUUCCAAAAAUGUGUUUCUGAAAAGGUGAGUUUGGCCAGCGCAAUGCAGGACACGCCAGUCUACUGCAAUCUGGAGGAGAUGAAGAGGACAAAGGGAGCCCCUCCUAGUCCUACAUGUCCCCCUAUACACACUCUGGAUAACUGGGAAUGCUAUGUGGACCCAACAACAGGCAGACACUUCUUCAUUAACUCAGAAACUAAAGAGAAAACAUGGAAGCCUCCUAGAAGGUCCAGGGACAAGACACCAGGAUGGGCUAUUACCCCUCCAGGAGACUUGGAGUCAUCAGAAGAAGGGGAAGAUCCAGCCUCCACAUCACAGUCAGAGAUCACUGAAUCAUAUGAAGAGCAGAACACAUCAUCUAUUAGCAGCUUGUCUUCUUCCUGCAGCAGUCUGAACAGCCCAAGCUGUGAUGUUCGGAGGCCUGAUCUUCACAUACCAAAACUUAGUUACACCAGGUCUAUGGUUCUCUCCAAUUCACAGAGGCCCAGGUCAAACCACAGGAGGAAUCUGUCACAUCAUAUGGUGGAAAGUUAUGAUAAUAACACAAACAUAAAUACAGAACUAAAUAAGCUCCCUCUGCUCACAGUUUUGGAUGUGCCUCAUGAGGUGGAAAAGGCAGGACAGUUAAACAAGACAAAAAUAGCAGAAGGUGGAAGAAAACUAAAGAAAAAUUGGACUAUAUCUUUAGUAGUUUUGACUGGAAACAGCCUAGUGUUCUACAAGGACCCUAAGGUUCCGGCCCCUUCUGGUUGGAAACCUUCCAAUAGUAAACCCGAGAGCAGCAUGGACCUCAGGGGUGCCUCCAUUGACUGGGCCCAGGAAAUGUCCAGCAAAAAGAAUGUAAUUCAUCUCCGCAUGGUAACAGGCAACGAGUUCCUGCUGCAGUCUGACAAGGAGUCUGUUGUACAGGAGUGGUACGAUGCCCUGCAGAGAAUCAUUGAGAGAUUGGAACGAGAAAAUCCAUUGGAGGAAAUCAUUUUGAGGAGAGCAGGCAGUAUGGAGGUCCUGGAUGGAAGUGGCGGAGAAGAGGAGAGCCUCCCAAAGAAUAAAGAUAGCCGGAUAUUCUCAUUAUCCUGGGUGAGCAACAAUGUUGGAGGUGUUGAUAAAAAGAAGGUGAAGCAUAGGUUGAAAAAGAUGUUGAUGAAAAGACCUCCACUUCAGACCUUGCAAGAAAAAGGCCUAAUUAAAGAUCAAGUCUUUGGCUGUCGCCUAGAUGCUCUUUGCCUUCGAGAGCACAGCACUGUCCCAAAGUUUGUGCGGCUGUGUAUAGAAGCUGUAAAUGAAAGAGGGCUGGAUGUAGAUGGCCUUUACAGAGUGAGUGGAAACUUGUCCGUCAUACAGAAACUGAGGUUUAUAGUAGACAGAGAGAGGGCAGUAACCACGGAUGGACGGUACCUUUUUCCGGAGCAGCUCUCCCAAGAAGAGAAGUUGGAUCUUAAUGACAGUGAGUGGGAGGAUAUUCACGUCAUCACAGGUGCUCUAAAAAUGUUCUUCCGUGAACUUCCAGAGCCUCUUAUCCCUUUUAGCAUGUUCGAAGAAUUUGUAUCAGCAGUUCAAAUUCCUGAUUUGCCUGAGAGGAUACAGACUAUGAAAGAACUUGUUGGGAACCUUCCUGGAUCAAACUAUGCCACCCUAAAAUACAUCAUCUGCCACCUGAGCAGUGUAAGAGAUGAAUGUGAAAAGAACCGUAUGACCACUCAGAAUAUUGGCAUAGUCUUUGGACCAACACUCAUGAGGCCAGAAAAAGAACUGUUUGCUAAUAUUGCUGCCAACAUGGUUUACCAGAAUCAAGUGGUGGAACAUUUUCUCACUUACUAUGAAGAGCUCUUUCCAAUUGAUCCAGAGGAAUAGUAAAAUCUUUUGUAUUAAGGAACUGAGAAUUCUAAGACUCGAAGAGUCCAACUUCUGAUAGGAUUAUAAUACACCCUUUUGAUGGUUUAAGAAGAACUUGCCUCUGGACUUCCUGGCCUCACUUUGCCCAUCAAUACUGAAGAUCUAAGCAGAUGUAGCAGCUCAUGUGCAGAAAAUAAAAGGUGAAAUGACUGUGUGUUUCAGGAAUUUUAUUGAUUUGUAAUAAGAAGAUAAGUCUUGCUGCUGAAAGCAUAAGCAGUCCUAAAGACUAUAUACAAGUACACUGAAAGAGACU